AUGGCUAAUAUCAAUGCCUCCAUUCAUUUCCUUCUGCUUAUUUUCCUCUCCUCCACUUUUCUCCAUCUUGAAACUGUUAAACUUGGUUCCUGCAAUGGCGUUCUCAAUGUCAGCUGCACUGAAAUUGAGAGAAAAGCCCUUGUUCAGUUCAAACAAGGUCUUACUGAUCCUUCCGGCAGGCUCUCUUCUUGGGGUUGCCUGGAUUGCUGUAGAUGGAGAGGUGUGGUGUGCAGCCAGAGGGCACCUCAAGUCAUCAAACUCAAACUUCGCAACCGGUAUGCUAGAAGUCCAGAAGCCGACGGUGAAGCUACCGGUGCUUUUGGGGAUUAUUAUGGAGCAGCUCAUGCAUUUGGCGGCGAGAUAAGUCAUUCUUUACUUGAUUUGAAAUAUUUGAGGUACUUGGACUUGAGCAUGAACUAUUUUGGAGGACUCAAAAUCCCCAAGUUCAUUGGAUCAUUCAAGAGGUUGAGAUAUCUCAGUCUCUCAGGUGCAUCCUUCGGUGGAACUAUCCCACCCCACCUAGGGAACCUUUCUAGCCUGCUCUAUCUUGAUCUCAACUCAUAUUCUCUUGAAUCAGUUGAGAAUGACCUGCACUGGUUAUCAGGUCUUUCUUCUCUGAGACACCUUGAUUUGGGAAAUAUAGAUUUUAGCAAGGCUGCAGCUUAUUGGCAUCGAGCUGUUAGCUCCCUUUCUUCACUCUUGGAACUACGCUUACCUGGAUGUGGGCUUUCUUCCCUUCCUGAUCUCCCUCUUCCAUUUGGUAAUGUCACCUCACUUUCGAUGCUCGAUCUCUCCAAUAAUGGCUUCAGCUCCUCCAUACCUCACUGGUUGUUCAACUUUAGUAGUCUUGCAUACCUUGAUCUCAACUCCAGCAAUCUUCAAGGCAGUGUUCCCGAUGGAUUUGGUUUCUUGAUUUCCCUUAAAUACAUUGAUUUGUCUUCUAAUUUAUUUAUUGGAGGUCACCUACCAGGAAACUUAGGAAAGCUUUGCAACUUGCGAACUCUCAAACUCUCUUUCAACAGUAUUAGUGGUGAGAUUACUGGAUUCAUGGAUGGCUUGUCCGAGUGUGUAAACGGUAGUAGCUUAGAGUCUCUGGAUUCGGGGUUCAAUGAUAAUCUGGGUGGGUUUCUUCCUGAUGCUUUGGGACAUCUAAAGAACUUAAAGUCUCUUCGUCUGUGGAGCAACUCAUUCGUGGGGUCAAUUCCAAACUCCAUUGGAAAUUUGUCGUCCUUGAAAGAAUUCUACAUCUCUGAAAAUCAAAUGAAUGGGAUAAUUCCAGAGAGUGUGGGGCAACUCUCAGCAUUGGUUGCAGUGGAUCUCUCAGAGAAUCCUUGGGUUGGUGUCAUAACCGAGUCUCAUUUCUCCAACCUCACAAACUUAACUGAGUUGGCAAUCAAGAAGGUAUCUCCAAACGUUACCUUGGCCUUCAAUGUGAGUUCUAAAUGGAUUCCUCCUUUUAAACUCAAUUACCUGGAACUCAGAACAUGCCAACUAGGUCCCAAAUUUCCUGCAUGGCUGAGAAACCAAAACCAGCUGAAGACAUUAGUGCUCAACAAUGCAAGGAUUUCAGACACUAUACCUGAUUGGUUUUGGAAGUUGGACUUGCAGGUCGACCUAUUGGACUUUGCCAAUAAUCAACUGAGUGGGAGAGUCCCAAAUUCAUUGAAAUUUCAAGAACAAGCUAUUGUGGAUUUGAGUUCCAACCGCUUUCACGGUCCAUUCCCACACUUUUCUUCAAAGCUGAAUUCAUUGUAUUUGAGAGACAAUUCAUUUUCUGGACCAAUGCCUCGGGAUGUUGGCAAAACCAUGCCCUGGCUGAUAAAUUUUGAUGUCUCUUGGAACUCUCUAAAGCAUCCUUUUAUCAUUUCCUUCUUUAAGUUCCUCAUGUGA